AGCCAGCAUCUGCAAUUCCUUCCUACACCCUACACACCCUUACGUUGAAACCACUUCACAAACUAUAGACCACUUAACGAGAAUUGUCAAAAUCCUAUUGGUAUACUGUCUCAGUUGGUGUAAAGAGGACACAACACCCACGAGCACAGGAUUGAAACCCUAUCUUUCCGCACUUUUACAGGAUGUGGUGUACCAACAGUGAGAUAUAAAAGCAACUUUGCCAGAGGGAUACGCAUUGGAGAGUUCCCCUGGCAGGUCCAUCUACAACUGAAGUGGAAAUACCUGUGUGGUGGGGACAUACUCAGCCGGUGGUGGGUUGUGACCACAGCGCACUGCAUCUUCAUGUAUUCUGAAGCUCUGUUUGAAAGUCUGGUCAUUGUGACUGGCACACUCAAGCUGGAAGGCAUGCAGAUUAUUUAUGGAGUUCACAAGGUCAUCUUGCACGAAUACUUUAUUUUUGAACUGUUUGGGGUUAAAAUCCCAGACAAUGACAUUGCUCUCGUCAUGGUGAAGGAACCAAUCGUAUUUAACAAACUUGUGUCGCCCAUAUGCUUCCCCGAUGACCGCUACCUUGACAUGAGCACACUGGAGAACUGUUGGGUCACUGGAUGGCAGAUGUUAAGUCUUGGUAAUUAUUGUCACUUUCUUUCAAUAUUGUGUGCGUUUGUUUCCCUCCGAUGAACCCCA